AUCAACCCCGUUGCGCAGCAACACGUCGCUCUCUUACUGCGUUUGCAGGUCUUACACGCAUGUUGGUGACAUCAUUGUGAAAGGAGUGUAUUAUUUGGUUGUAUUGUUUAGAAAAUGGCUGCGUCCUUGUCCCAGACGUUGGAGGGUCUAUUAAAUCCACAGCCCCGGUUCUGGGAUCCCGAGGAUGACCAUGAUGAAGUCACUGUUGCCAAAGUUAUUGACAAAUUUGACGAAGGAGGAGAUGAUGAUGAUGCGGAUGAUGCCAUAAUACUUGAAAACAUCCGAAAAAGCAGAGUGACCUUUCUGUCUGACACGGAUAAUAGGUAUUUGGGAAAAGCAACAUCUCGGAAGGAUUUAAAAGCUGAGUUAGGGGAGGAGUCCUUCUCUGAUGAUGAAGACGCAUCACAGGGUGACUCACAUGAUAAUGAUGAAGAACUGGGUAGUAGUAAGGAAGAAGGCUCUGAAGACGAUGAUGACAACAGUAACCACAGCACACAGGAGGAAACUGAUGAAGACCAAGAUACAGGACAACAUGACGAGGAAAGAUCAGAGCUGCAAGAUGAUGACGUACAGACCUUCUCUACAGAAAAGGUGUCCACAGAUGUUGCUAAGGGUCAAAGCAUUAAGAACCAGUUAGCCAUUUGGGAUCAGCUUCUAGAGGGACGAAUAAAACUUCAAAAGGCACUUCUUUUAUCUAAUCAACUACCGCAGCAUGACACCUUUGCAUUGUUCAAGAAAGAAGGUGGUGAGGAGUUUAUAAUUCCCCUAAUGAACAGCUAUAAAGCUCUAAAGGAAUUAAUGAGGUCUCUGGUCCAUUUGCAAGAUGAGCUGCUAUUCCAGUUUCCAGAAACACAGUACCUAAUAGAUGGGAAGAAAUGCAAUGUAGACAGUGAUGAAGAAAUCCUUAGUGACGAUGAGGUGGAGAAAGAGGAGGCUGAGAUUCCUAAAAAUAAAGGUCCUCUGAAAAGGAAGUUACAAGUUAAAGAGUAUCCAGACUUCAUGGCAAAACGGUUUGCUGAAUUCAGAUCAUACAGAAAUAGCACUUUACAGAAGUGGCAUGACAAGACAAAGCUUACUGGUAAAAUAGGCAAGGGGCUUGGUAGCUCUGAGCGUUCCAUAUUGCUGCAAAUAGAACAGAUUAUGAGUGACAAGGAGAGACUGCAGAGGCGCACACAGACCAAACGGUCCCUUUAUAGCAUUUUAGGAAAGUCUCAGCAUGAGUCUCUACCUGUGCCAGAACAUACCUCUGAUGAGACAAUGGGUGUGCAGGCAGAAGGAAAACCGAACUCCCAGCUUAAAGAACUUGAUGAAGAGAUUUUUGAUGAUGAUGAUUUCUAUCACCAGUUGCUGCGAGAAUUGAUAGAGCGGAAGACCACUUCUGUAGAUCCUAAUGACCAGGUGGCCAUGGGCAGGCAGUGGCUUGCAAUUCAGAAGCUAAGGAGCAAGAUCAAAAAGAAAGUGGACACCAAAGCAAGUAAAGGGAGAAAAGUGAGGUAUCAUGUCCAUAGCAAACUGGUGAGCUUCAUGGCUCCUAUAGGCAACAGUGCAAUGAAUGAUGAGGCCAGGUCAUUUUCAUAGCCGAAAACAGACCCGCGAUCGCAAGAUAACACAUGGGGUUGCAGAACUGAACUUUAUCAGUCAUUAUUUGGAAAUAUGAACCCACUAGCAGCUGAAAUGAAAGUCUGAUUACAGGACAACUCUAAAUUGGAUGUAGAAUGUCAUUGGAUCCCUUCAGCACAAGCUAUGGACUUUUUACACUUUGUUAUAGUAUAUUCCAGACAAUAAAAAAUAAAUCCUGUCAAUUAAA